CUAAUUUAAAUAUAAGUACCAGUUAAGUUUAUUAUUUAUUUGGUUAUCCAAUAAUUUUACAAUGGCUUCAUCAGAAUAUAUUUAUGAUGAAGAUGGUGAAGUAUGGCCAUUUUUUGUAUUAUCGAUAUUAACUUUUAUAUUAUUACCAAUAACCAUUCUGUGGGCUUAUCGAGCAUUUAUUGCAGUCGAUUCACUUUCAUCUAAUGCUAAAAUUAAAGGUGCUAUACUUGAAAAUAGUGAAUCUGUUGAAGUUAAUAAUGUUAAAGAAAUUAAAAAAUAUAGAAAUAAACAACAAUCAUCUCGAAUUUUUAAUAAAACUUUAAUAUUUUUAAUUAUUGGAUGGUCAAUUGUAUUUUAUAUUAAUAAAAAUUUAACUCAAUAUGCUGAUAUUAAAAGUAUUUUUGAUCCUUAUUUAAUUUUAGAUAUUCCAUCAUCUUCAACAGAUAGAGAAGUUAAAAGUAGAUAUAGAAAAUUAUCAUUAAAAAUUCAUCCUGAUAAACUUCCAAAAGAUAUAACUGAACAAGAAAAAAUUAAUAUGGAAGCUACAUUUAUUAGAAUUAAUUUAGCUUAUAAAGCUUUAACUGAUGAAGUUACUAGAAAUAAUUUCUUAAAAUAUGGUCAUCCUGAUGGUCCUCAAGAUAUAACUCAUGGAAUUGCUUUACCAAAAUUUCUUGUUGAAGGUAAAUAUUCUCCAAUUAUGAUUGUUAUAUAUUUCUUAUUAAUUGGAGUAUUAUUACCAGCAAUUGUUGGAUUAUGGUGGAAUAAUGUUAAAUCUCAUACUAAAAAGGGUUUACAUGUUGAUACAGCUGCUUUAUGGACUCGUAAAUUAACUGAUAGAAAUCCAAGUAAAGUAGUUACACCUUAUGUUAUUUUAGAUUGGAUUCUUGAUAGUAUUGAAGUUAAAUCAGCAUUCCCUCAUUUAACUAAACAACAAUUAAGAAAUUUAGUUGAUAAACAUUUUAAUCGAGAAUUUUCUUCUGAUGCUCAAAUUGAAUCUGAUAAAGUUAAACUUAUUUCUUUAUUACCUAAAUUAAUUAGUGGAUUAAUUGAUAUUACAAUUGUUUUUAGAAAUACAGAAAUCAUAUUCCCAGCUUCUGAUUUACAAAAAGCAGUAUUACAGGCCGUUAAACCAACUGGUAAAUAUCAAGAAAUUCUUCAAUUACCAUAUGUUGAUGCUAAAGUAGUAGAAAAUCAAGAUGUUAAAAGAUUAGGUAAAUUAUUUACAUUAUCAAAAGAAGAAUUACCAAAAGUUUUGGGAGUUAAUGAUCCAAUUAAAAUUGAAAAGAUUUUAGAUAUUGCUAGUCAUAUUCCAUCACUUCGAGUUAUUGAAUCUGAAUUUGUAGUUCCUGGUGAAGAUGUUAUUCCUCCAAAAUCUCAAGCUCAUUUAGCAUUAAAAUUCUUAGUUAAGUCUCCAAGAUUAAAAUCCAGUCCUGAAAUUGAAGAAUCAAGAUUAAAAGAAGAAGAAACUUUAGAUUAUUUAAGAAAUCCAUUAAAAUCCAAUGAAACUCAACCAGAAUUACCAUUUUCAUAUGCUCCAUAUUUUUCAUACUAUGUUCGUAAUAAUUGGUCAGGUUAUUUAAUAUCUCAAAAGGAUAAUAAAUUAGUUGAAGAUAGUACUGCCUAUAAAUUAGAAAACAUAGAUUUAAGUAAUUUAGAAAUUAAUCAAAAGGAAUGGAUAGAUGGUAAAGAAGUUAUUAUUGGUACAUUUAAAAUUCCAUUAAGUACUCCAACUCCAGAAGUUAUAGGUACUUAUAAUUAUAGAGUUGUUCUUAAGAAUAAUUCAUAUUUUGGAUCUGAUGUAGAUAUUCCAUUAUAUUUGGAAGUUAAAAAUCCUCCUAUGAAUAUUAAUAUUAAUAAAAGUAAUAAAGAAAUUGAUAGUGAUGAUGAGAGUGAUAUUUCCGAUCCUGAAGAAGAUUCAUUAGCUGGAGCUUUAGCUGCAUUAAGAGGUCAAUCUACUAAAAAAAUAACAGAAAUUACUAAAGAAGAAGAAGAUGAUGACGAAGAAAGUGAUACUGAAAGUAUAUUUACUGAUAUAAAUACUGAUACUGAAGAUGAAGCUGAGUGAUUGAUUGAUUAAUUGAUUGAUUAAUUGAUUGAAAUAAGAUCUAUAAUAUUUAUUCUGUAUAUAUAAAUAGAGAAUACA